AUGGUUCCCAAAGUCUUGUCGAAACGACAAUCAAAGCCAGACUCGGAUGAGAAGCUGUGUCUAUACAACGGAAAGGGAUUUGAUUUCUGCGAGAGUUCUUGGAAUCUAAUCACUUAUUUGAAGAUCUGGUUUCGCUAUGGUUUCGAUGUCAACAAACUUCAGGCAAAAGUGUCCAAAAUUAUUGAUAGCUUUGAAAAGUAG